AUGAAGGUUGUCGAUAUCUUGCUGUUAGCCAUUACCGCCUUACUUGUUUGUUGUUUGACCAGUCCAGCAGCGGCUGUAUUUUCUCCAAUGAAUCAAUUAAUUCAAUUCAAUCCUAUUGGAGCCAAUCAAACUAACGGAGCUCUUCCAACAUUUACAUUCUGUCUUCCACCAUACACAGAUUCGAGGAGUGCUUUUGAUAUUGGUUUCAACGCAACUUGCCUCGAUUCUAGAGUAAUUCAAUUCAUGAUGACAGUAGGCUCCAAUUCAUUGGAACGUUCUCUUGCCUCCAAAUAUGCCAUCAUUAAGAGCUUGAACUUUAUCGGGCAACAACAAGUGAUUCCUCCAGUUUUGAAUUGCACAGAAAGUGUGAAUUGUACUAAUAAUGCAACAGUAAUUUCUGAUGGUUUUAUGAACAAUUCAACCAAUAGCACAAAAGCAAUCAAUAGUACUGUUGUAUUGGACCCUGUCAUUGCUGUUGCAACCAAGACAGUAGUGACCGAACCAGUCAAUACCAAAUUUACUUUCCGUCUUCCUGAAGAUGUUUUCACACCACUGGGAAGUAGAAAAGUUGAACUUGUUGAUAGUUUAGGUGAGAAGGUUUUUGUCAAUUCUAGUUCCUUCUCUUGUCUCAUCAAGGAUUAUAUCACUGGCAACUCAAUGAUUAUUCCCUCAAGAGUGAGAGGAAGUGUUGAAAAUUACCUCGUCGUUGAUUGUACUGUUGAUGAAAUAACAAGAUGUGCUCUCAAGAAUGACAAACUCUUCAAUUAUGAUAUGUAUUUAGUUGCUGAAUAUUUCUUUGUUCAAUAUGAAGAAGUUUCCAAUAUCAAGGCAGAGAAGAAAGUUGAAGUUGAAGCUUGCUUGUCUGAAGGUGUUCCAAAACUCUUCUCCAUCAAAGUACCAGGCCAAACCUAUCUUUCCAUCAAGAAGGACGAAGGUGAAGAAUUUGAUGUUUACAUGAAUAUUGGUAAACCACUUCUCUACAGAGACUCUGAAUUUGUUGAUUAUGAAAAUGAAAUUGAAUUUGAGGAUAAGAGUCCAGAAAUUGCCUACCUCUACAAUGGACAUGAUGAUGAAGAAACUUUCUACAUGGGAAUUUCAGGCAAGGGUUGUGUAGAAAUCAAGAUGAAAUUCGUUAAAAAUCCAGAGACUGUCAAUUAUCUUCUGAUCCUCGCUCCAACAGUAUCCAUCAUUGCCUUCCUGUUAUUAAUUGUUAUUGUAUUGUCAGUGUUGGUUUAUCUUGUCUUGUUCACCGAUUUUUCUGCUGCUACAAGAAGACAAACCAAAUCAUCUCUUGUUAAGCCAUCAUUCGUAGUAAUUUUUAUUGUUUCACUCAUCUUUUUAGCACUCGCUCGUCCUUCCUACCAACAUGAAACAUCUAAAAAUUCCCCAAUUUUAUUAAACAGAGUUAGUGCUUUGAUAACAUGGAACAGUGAUGGUAUUACAUUGAAAGCCAACACUGUAGGAUUGAACGAGGAUGACAAACAAAAUUGUUUUUAUUGGAGUACUCUCCAUCCUGAUUUAGUAUCAUUGGUUCCUGUUGAUAAUAUCGAGACUUCUUCCUCUGAUGAUUCUAGAAUUAUUAGUUGCUCUCAAGAAAUUCAAGUCAUUCCAAAAGGUCAUAACACAAAUACCAGAGUUGCUAUUGUCAAAGCAUCUAAAUAUCCACCAUCCCUUCAAACAUCAUCAUCUCCAUCAGCUAGUUGUGAAGUUUUCAUCUCCUCUAUUGACAAGAUUAAAUUGCAAACUACUGUGAGAAAGCUUACUAUUGGAGAACUUGAAACAUUGCAAGUUGACGCCUUUGAUAAUGAAGGAAAUCUUUUCAGCUCAUUGACAGGUUUGAGUUUUAUUUGGAAACAAGAAGGUUUAAAGACCUCAAAGAAGCAAGGCAACAUUGAAUUAAUUGAUAUUAAUGAUGAAUCUGUUCAUUUCUUUGAUGAAAAGAAGAGAAUCAAGAGAAGUGUCGGAAGUCAUGAUGUUAUUGUUGCUAGAGGAUUGUUAUCUGGUGAAGUUUUGGUAUCCGUCUCUCUCAGAACAACAACAGGAGAAAUUCAAGUAUUACAAGAUAGUGUUGUUAUUUCUGUUGUCGAUAGCUUUUUAUUACAGCCAGACACUGAAUUGAGAGUUAUCCCAGGUGCAGUCAUUCCAUUCAAACUCUUCAUUAAACAAAAUGGAAAGUCACAAAUGGAAAUUGCCAUGCCAGAUGCCAAAUAUACUUGGUCAUCAAGUAAUGGUACUGUUGGUGAAGUUGAAAAAACUAAGGGUAUUUUCAAGGCAUUCGAUCUCGGUGAUACCAAUGUAAAUGUUGAGGAUGUUACAUUUGCUUUGAAUAGAGCCACUGCUCUCGUUCAUGUUGUCAAACCAGCAUUCAUCAAGAUUAAUAUUUCUCCUAAGAAACUCCAACUCUAUAGAGGAUAUGAUUAUAUUGUUAGAAAUUUCAAGAAUUCUCUCAAUACUGAACAUACCAGUCUCGUUUUGGAUAAUGACUAUGAAGUCAAGAUUGAUUUAUUCGAUCAACAAUAUCAAAAGAUUUAUAUUACCGAGAAUCUCAAAUUUAAAUUUGAAAUUGAAUCAAGUGACAGUGAACCAAUCACUAUUCUUGAAAGAUCUGCCAAUGAAGACUUGUUUGUUGUCAGAGCUAAAAAGUUGUCUGAUGUUGUUUUGAGAGUAACAUUGAAGACUGCUGACUUGUCUUCUGACAUUUUCCCAGGACACAAUGACGAAAUUGAACUCACUCAUACCAAGUCCAUCUCUAUCCUUCCUAGAGUUAAGAUUGAUAUUCCUGAUGAAGUUAUUUAUUUACCAAGUGAUAGAAAUGUUGAACAAAUGUUUAUUCUUAGUGCUCAAGGUGGAAGUGGCUUGCUUUCAUGGACUUCAUCUUCUCCUUCUGUCUCACCAUUCGAUAUUAGAUCUCAAAAGGAAGCCAACUCUGUUUUGGGUCUUCUUGUUGCCAAGAAGGAUGGUAAAGCUGAUGUCAUUGUUUUCGAUCAACAAAACUUGUACAAUGGUGAUGCUCGUGCCGUUUCUGUUUCACCAUUGCAUAGUUUAGUUUUUGAAAAGGGUACUAGAGAAGUUGUACCAUCUCAAUCACUCUGUUUGCGUGCUAAAGGUUUAGAUGUUGAUGGAAAUGUUUUCCACAAUAUUUCUAGUCUCAAUUUUGAAUGGAACAUUGUUGAUACCAAUGUUUACAAUAUUAUCUCUCAAUCUUGCAAAUCUUCUAAGAAUUUAGAUGCUGAAAUUUAUCUUAAUGCCAUUUCAGAAGGUUUCACAUCUGUCAAGAUCCGUUAUCAAAAUGGAAAGAUUCAAGAAAAGACCAAUGUUGCUGUAUUCCCACCACUUGCUGUCACUGAACCAUCACCAAAGAAAUACAAGGUAUUCCUCAUUCCUUUGGGUGCUACUGCUUCAUUGAGUGUUGAAGGUGGUCCACAACCAUGGGAUAGCUACGUUAAGGGAGAAUCUGUCAUUGUCGAUAAUAUUGUUACUGAAGAUCCAGACCGUCUCAAGGUUUCAAAGAGCAGAGCUUCUGACAUGUACAGAAAGAGAAGCUUCUCUAUUACAUGUCUUGAUUUUGGAAAGCAAAUUUUGACAGUUGAAAUUAAGCACAAUAUUCCUGCUGAAGAUGCUCUUCCAACAUUGACCAAACUUGAUAUUCACUACUCUUGUCAAAAACCAGAAAGUAUCAAGGUUGUUCCACUUGAUCCAAAGACCAAAUUGGAAUUGGGUUUAAUUUCCUCUCACAUUAUUAGAGUUUACAGUGUUAGAAAUAAUCAAACUGUUCCAGCUGUAAUGAACGCCUAUGACAGUGAAGAAAAUCUCUUCGUUACCACCUCCACUUUACAAGAUGAAUGGGAACUCAGUCACCAUGAUAUUGCCAAAAUUUCCAAUAAGGAAGUAUAUCCAGGACACAGAUUGUUGGAUAUUUAUGAAAAGGAAGGUUCUGUAAACUUGAGAGGACAAAUUAUUGGAUAUAAUAAGGAUGAAGUCAAGAAGUACGUCUCUUAUUCUAUCAUGAAUUCAGCUAUUGCAGCAUUCUCUAAACCAUUAGAGGAUGAAAUUGAACUCAGAAUUGCUCCAAAUAUUUACCUCAAUCCUGCUAGUUAUCUUUUAUUCAGAAAUCGUAAAGUUAGUCUCACUCUCCAAGCUACAGGUGGUUCUGGUAGAUAUGACUUUUCUCAUAACAAUACUGACGUAGCAACAUUGGCUCCAAAGGGUUCAACUGCUGAACUUGUUGGUCUUGUUCCAGGUUAUGUUAGAGUUGAUGUUUUUGAUACCUUCUCCAAACUCAGCCCAGCUGCUAGUAGUUUUGUUAAAGUUGCUGAUGCUCACCAUGUUGGUUUAGAUGGUGAAAGAUUUGUCGAAGUUGACAAUUAUGUUACUGUUAAAUUGAGCGUUUCCGAUGAAACUGGUGCCAAUUUCCCAGCUUCUCAACACUAUGCCAUGCAAACUUCUAUUGAAGUUGACACUCCAAACACAAUCUCACUCAAACAAUCUGAAUCUAAUCCAGAUGAAUAUGUUUUGACUGGUAGAAGAGUUGGUGUUGUUAAACUUGUUGCUAGUGUUCUUAAUAGUGAUGGAAGAAGAGUUUAUAGUGUUCCAUUUAUGGUCAAUGUUUAUGAACCAAUGAGAGUUAAUCCACCAGAGCUUGUCUUGAUUCCAGGUGCUAAAUUCCAAGUUAAGGUUACUGGAGGACCAAUUGAAACACCAAGUAUUGCUACAAUUUUCAAGUUUAAGGAAGAUCACAAGUUUGCCUCUGUUGAUGCUAGAGGAAUUGUUACUGGUGUUACUUAUGGUGAACAAUUACUUGUUGUCGAAAAGAUUAGUCUCAUCAAGAAUUCAGUUGUUUAUGCUAGAAAGACUGUUCCAGUUCGUGUUGUUCAACUUGUAGGUAUCAAACUUCCACAACCACUCUUUGUUUUUGAAGGACAUCAUAUCCCUGUACCUGUUUAUGGUCUCUAUGAUAAUAAGCAACUCUUGUCUCCUCUCUUUAUGCAAUCUCCAUUCUUCCAAGUCUCUGUCUCUUCUGCUGAACAAGAAGUUUCAAUUAUCAAUUAUCCACAAAGCCAAACUGGUCACUCUGUUUUUAUUACUGGCUCUAAGAUUGGUAAGACUCAAAUCUCAGCUAGUGCCUCAUUCCAACAUCCACAACUUUCAAGCUGGCACCAUACAACCAAGUCUGAUAUUCAAGUUGAUGACAAGUUGAAAUUAUUAGAUUUCCCACACAAGGAUCUCAUUCUUGCUCCAAGAUCUGCUACUUUCCGUUUGAGAACUAAUAAGGAUAAUUUAUCAGUUCAAAAAUACACUAUUGCCAAGACUGAUGAAUAUGAUAAUCUUAUUGCUGUCAGUAAGAACGGUGAUAUUGUUACUCGUGAAUCUGAGGGUAUCUCUGUUGUUAUUGUUGAAGAAAUUUCCACCGGUCAAACUGUUGCUCAAAAGGUUGCUGUUCAAAAUCCACACUAUUUGGCAAUGUCUUUGAGUGAACUCCAAACUAAAUCAUUUGAUUAUGACUUCCAAGUCCCAAUUGGUAGUGAGUUUGAAAUUCCACUCUCUGCUCUUGGUAUUCGCGGUGAAAAGUUUGCUUCUGUUAGUGGUAUUGAUAUUAACGUCCGUAUGAAUAUUCAUGAUAUUGUUAGUGUAAAGGUUGAUGCUCAAAAGGAAGCCAUUGUUGUCUACUCUAAUUCUCUUGGUAAUACAACUGUUGAAUUGAGUGCUCCAGAAUUGAAGCAACCAUAUUAUUGCAGAAUUAGCGUUGUUUCAAGUGUUGUUGACACACUCUCCUCAACUGCCAAACUUCACGUUGGUGACUCUGUUACUUUUGUUUCUGAAAAGGCUGGUAAAUGGGAAAGCUCUGAUUCUAGUGUUAUUAGUGUUGAUUUGAACGGUGUAGGAACUGCUCACAAGGUUGGUUCAGCAACUGUUACUCUUAAAUCAGGAAGAACUACCACCCAAAUCCAAGUUAACAUUGUCAGAAUUGCUCAAGCUAAGAUUUCCCUUUCAAGUAUUGAACUUAGUUCUGGUGUUGAUCCAGUGAAACAAGUACCAACCCGUAUUCCACUCCAUCUUUUGGAUAACACAAGUCAAGAAGUCAAAUUCCCACACGAUUCCAGAGUAAGACGUAAUUAUAAUGUACAAUGUGAAUCUACUCAAAGCUGGUUGGAAGUUGUUGGAACUGAAAAAGUUGGUGAUAAGUAUGAAUGUUUAAUCAAACCAAGACGUGACUCUUUCCUUAACGGUGAAUUGAAGCACUUGUCAACACAAGAUAUUAACUUGUCUGUCAAGGUCAACUUUGGUGAAAAUGCCAAGUCAUACACUCUCACUACUACUCCUAUUACUGUUAGAUUUGUAUCCAAUGAAGCCCGUCAACCAGUCAGAGAACACGUCCACACUGACAAUACCGAAGAUGAAUCUGCUGGUUAUUUGACUUAUAUCAUCCUUUCUCUUAUUAUUGCAGUUUUGGGCUUUGUGGUUUAUGGAUCAAUGAACUCUGGUGUCCAAAGACCAACCAUUAAAAGACCAUCUGCCCAAGCUCGUUCUGGAAUGGACAUUAUGAAUAAUACUCUUAUUGGAAAUCAAGAAAGAGAUGUUAUCAGAUCCAAUCGUCCUUUCACUCACAGCAAUAACUCUAGAUUUGCCUACAAGACUGGUGCUAGAUCAACACCAUCCUAUGCCUCUCCAUAUUACAGCGAAUCAGAUUAAUUAGUUACACAUCUCCUUUUUUGUAUAAUCCCUUUUUUAUUCCCCGCCUACCCACUACAAUAACCCUCCUCUUAUUUAUAACCAAUAAUAAACACACCAUC